CGUGGUGUUGUUUGGAAACAUAAAGAUGUAUCGAGUGCUCAGUGUCAGUGUGUUUGUCGUGUUCUUCAUGUCUACAGCUGUUUCUGCUGAUACAAGUGUAAAGAUAGUUAAUGGUGACAAUGCAAACAUUGAAGAUCAUCCAUGGCAGGUCUCUGUUCAGAUCAGAACAACCGAAAACGACAAUUUCACCCAUAUAUGCGGUGGAUCAAUUAUUGACAAAAGUUGGGUUCUUACAGCUGCACAUUGUAAUAUUUAUCCUGAAUUACCAGUAAAGAAUAUAAGAGUAGCAGCUGGAAGUUCUCUUUUGAGUCAGAUGAAAACAAUUAUACCUUUGAAACAUUUCUAUAGGCACGAAAACUACAAACCACUGAUUUCAGAAUACAAUAGUGACCUCAUGUUAUUACAAUUAAGAAGGCCGCUUAAAUUCGGGUCUACCAUUAAAAAAAUCGACCUGGACACUGAUAUAGGGAAAAAUUAUACUGGAGAGUUGUGUACAAUAUCUGGAUGGGGAUAUACAAAUACAAGUGUGUUAUGCAUGGCCACAGUUUCUACGGCUGCAAGUGUGAAGAUUGUAAAUGGUGAUGAUGCCGACAUUGAAGAUCAUCCAUGGAUGGUCACUUUUCAGAUAAGAAAAGGUGGAGUAAAUUAUACCCAUGAAUGUGGAGGCGCAAUAAUUGACAAGAGCUGGGUUCUUACAGCCGCACAUUGUAAUCUGUUCGAAUAUGAGGCAAAGGAUAUGCGAAUUGCUGCUGGAAGCUCGUUCUUAAGUCAGAUGACAGAAUUUAUACCAGUGAAAAAGUUCCAUAUGCACGACAAAUUUAAACCAACUUUGGUCACUGGUCUUCAAAAUGACCUUAUGCUACUGCAGCUUCAGAAACCGCUUAAAUUUGGGUCUACCAUAAAAUAAAUCGACCUGGAUAGCAAUGUAGGCCACAAUUAUACAGGACAGGUGUGCACAAUAACGGGAUGGGGAAAGACA